CCUUAAAUUUCAACAUUGCAAAAUGUUUUUUAAAAUAUUAACGCAACAUAAUAUUCAGAUAUUACAAUUAACACAAAAACGAUUAUGUACUACAGAAGUUCAACAAUUAGUGAAUUCAACAAUUGUCAAUCCUGAGAGAUUAUUAAAAGUUGCAAUAAUUGGAAAGCCGAAUGCAGGGAAAAGCACUUUUAUUAACCAUUUAAUGGACCGAAAGGUUUGCCCUACAUCAAGAAGGGUUCACACUACUAGACAUAAGUCAUCGGCAAUAUUCACUAGUGAUGAUGCACAGAUUGUCUUUUUGGACACACCUGGAUUAGUUAAUGAUAGGGAACUAAAAAAAUUUAAUUUAGAGAAAUCAUUUACUAAAGAUUGCAAAUCAAGUCUACAAGAAGCUGACAUAAUUGGAGUUAUUCAUGAUGCUUCUGAUGCUUACACAAGAGAAGUCUUGGAUAUUAAAGUUAUCAAAUCAUUAGAAUCACAUAAAAAUACACCCAGUUUUUUGGUAUUAAAUAAGGUUGACCUACUAAAGUCAAAAAGAAAACUUUUAGAUUUAACUAGACUGCUAACUGAAAAUUGUUUAGACGGAAAACCAAAUAGUAAAAUGUCCACAAAAAUUAAAACUGAUAAAAGAGGCUGGCCAUACUUCAAAGACAUAUUUAUGGUUUCAUCAUUGAUGGGAAAUGGAAUAAGAGAAGUUAAAAAUUAUUUAAUAAAUCAGGCAAAACCAAACAAAUGGUUGUUUCCACCUGAAAUGUGGACUAAUGAGGCACCUGAAUCAUUAAUAAUUAAAGCUGUUCAAGCACAGCUUCUCAAUUUUCUACCACAAGAAAUUCCAUAUAUUUUAAAACCCACACUUGAAUUUUAUGAAGUUAAUGAAACUGGUAAAAUUUCUUGUGUUGUUUUGGUAAAAGCUCCAUCAGAGAGGGUAUCAAAAUUAGUGGCGGGGGCAGGUGACGGCAGACUGAGACAAAUUACAGAAAUUGUGCAGAAUGAUUUACAAUUGGCCUUUAAAAAUUAUGUAAGGAUUCAAAUUGUGAUGGAUUAUCCCAACAAAGAAGAUUAAGAUGAUAAGUGUAAAUAUUUAUUUUAAAAAAUACAAAAAUAUAAGCAA